AUGAACGCUGACUCUGACGAGGUUCAGAUACCACAUGAUCAUCCUUCACGCGAUGUUUCUUCUGCAAAUGACAAGAAGGAAGGAGUCUUUCUGAUGAACAGGAUCGCUCCUGGGACUUCUCAGCUGUAUGUUUCCAACGUGAAUGGGACCAACGAACGGCCCCUGCUGUCCAACCCGGUCUACGAAUACCACGCCACCUUUUCGCCCGAUAGCCAGUGGAUUACUUUUACUAGUGAGAGGAACGGAGACGGAAAUUCGGACAUAUAUCGUGUCCGUACAAACGGCUCCGAUCUCCAGGAAUUAGUCGCGACGCCUGCGGUAGAGGACUCGGUCGUACUGUCUCCUGAUGGGAAGAAAGCUGCAUUUGUUUCGACUGCUUCCGAUAUCGCUGACUACCGGGCAAACAUCUGGGUAUUGGAUUUGGAGACGGGUAACAAGUGGAACUUGACGGAUACCCCAUUGACUGCUGCCAACUCUUCCCUCAUGAACGGUUAUUUCCGACCUGCAUGGUCCCCUGAUGGAGAGUGGAUUGCAUUUUCUUCCGACCGCAACACAAAUUGGGACGGCCAUGGAGAAGAAACAUUUUUUGGGCUUAGUGGCUGGGAACAUACUCAGGAAUUGUCUGUAUACGCAAUCCGUCCUAAUGGGUCCGACUUCCGCCAAAUUGUCACUAAAGAGGGCUACACCCUCGGUUCACCGAAGUGGUCUCCCGAUGGAAAACGAAUUCUUUACUACGAAAUGACCAGAGAAGCUACUUGGGAUUCACAUCGCCCUGAGUCAAUCGCUUCAGCAAACUCAAGUAUUGUCUCUGUUGAUUUUGAAACGGGAACAGACCGUGUCGUUGAAGUUGGGACGUCGGGGGUAAAAAUAUUCCCACAAUAUAUUUCACAAAAUGAGAUCGGAUAUCUUCUCAAGGGAGGCACUAAGGAAGGUCUCUAUACAACAGGUGGUGGGUAUGUCAACACAACUAUCCGCUCGCCAGCUUGGUCUCCAGAUGGCAAAAAGGUCGUCUACGAGAAGACAAGCUGGGUCAUUCGUCCUUUGGAUAAGAAGCUUUACAGCUGGGACAGUGAUUGGGAGUAUAAAUUUACCGAUGUCUUUCCUCAACUGUCAAAUAAGCAAAACCAAGUUGCUAUUACUCAGAAGCAGCUUGGCAACUCUUCUAUCGUGACCACAACAACGAAGGGUGAGAAUACUCAUCUGGUCUAUAAUGAUCUCACGAGUGAUGAGGUCGAUCCUUCCCUGGUUACCCAAGGUUUAGCCGGGGCUUUCCAACCCACUUGGUCCCCAGAUGACCAGUGGCUUGCGUUUGGCUUGGGCUCCUGGUUUACGGAGCGUGGAUUGUUCGGCGGGUGGUUGGUUAGAGCCACCGCAAAUGGAUCUUACUCGGAGGUUCUUACCAGCAGCACUUCCAACCUUACUGCAAAUACCACUGCACAAAACUCAGGAUUUCCUAGCUACUCGCACGAUGGAAAAAAGCUCGUUUACCGUGUCUGGGGAGCCGAAUCAGCAAAUGGUGACAAAUCGCAACUCGGUCUGCGGGUACUUGAUAUCGAGACUAAGGAUGUCACCGUUCUAACUAAUGAGUGGGACAACCUUCCAUUCUUUUCACCCGAUGGCACGAAGAUCGUCUUCACUCGAAAGACCAGUCCUACGAACUACGAAGUAUGCACUAUCAACCCGGACGGAACGGACUUGAAGGUGCUUACCAGUAGCGGUGCCAACGAUGCCCAUGCGGUAUGGAGUCACGACGGGCGCAUUCUAUACUCAACCGGCAUGUUUGGUUUCCAGUAUGAAUGUGCGCUGUACGAUAACACCUUUCAACCGUAUGGACAGAUUAUGGUCAUGGAUGCCGAUGGGACAAAUAAACGAGCUCUUACCAAUUCACUUUGGGAAGAUUCCAUGCCAUUGUAUCUCCCCAACUCAGUGCUUUAA